AUGUAUACGUCCGUCUGUCGGAGCCAGCAAGACAUUGAGCAUCUCAUCCACGAGUACUCCAAGGCAUGGCACUUGGGACCGACUGUUCAGCAAGUUUUUGCCAAUGGAGGCGCUUGCAAAUUCUGCCGAGUCCUCUGUGAGGUGCUUCCUCACGAUGCCUCAACAGGCCAGGACCGCCGGGUUGGUCUUCGACUGUGCGAUAAGACUGGGUUUUCAGGCGAAGGCGAGCCGGUGGUGAGGUCGAAUGCGGGUGAGUUUCGGGGUAUCGCCUCUGGAAUAGCUCUUGGGCUGGAGCUGGAAGGCGACGACGUCUCCCCGCUAUUCAGAGAUAUCGGUACUGGGUUGCGAGUGUCCGUAUCUCAAGAUGCCAGAAAGGAAAUCAAAGCUACUGUGCCAUGGCAUGAGCCAGCGCAUUUGGUGUCCGCGGAGACUUUGACAUUGGCGAGUAGAUGGCUAGGAAGCUGCAGAAAAGACCACUGGAAGUGCCGAUUGACCUUGGCCGGCACAAGAGUCGAUAAAAGGCUGUCGGUAUCCACGCUACCCACUCGAGUCGUCCAGGUCUCGAAAGUUGGAAACCCUAAGCUCUUGGAAACGAAUGGAUGUCAAGGUUGUUUUGCAGCACUUAGCUAUCGCUGGGGAUCGCUGACCGGUCUGCGAACAACCAAGGCCACCGUCGACAUGUUCAAGAAUGGCUUUCCGAAGGAGCAAAUUCCAGCCACGAUUCGGGACGCCAUGGAGGUCACCCGGCUCCUUGAUAUAUCCUUCUUGUGGGUCGAUUGUUUGUGUAUUGUCCAAGAUGACGAUGAUGACUGGGAGCGCGAGGCUGCACUGAUGCCAUCAGUGUACCAACAUGCAACUCUGACGCUUGCCGUCAUAGGUGACAGGGACGGUCAUAGCGGGCUCUUCGCGCGAAAGCUCUUCCAGCCGCAAGCGACCAUCCCAUGGCUUGCGCCGGACAGUGUUGGCCAGGAGCAAUCACUCGGCCACCUCACAGUGACCUCGGUGCUACCGUUCUUGGACGGCCACAAUACCCAGAGACCGCUUGGGUUCGAUACAGCACUGGCCCGGGAGCUUAGGACAAGCCUGUGGAGCAAGCGAGCGUGGACAUUCCAGGAGCGCAUGCUUUCGAGGCGAAUACUCUAUUUCGGCGAGUAUCAGCUAUACUGGGAAUGUCACACCCUAACCAAGUCGGAAGAUGGUUUUGACGAGCAUCUUGGUGGUCUUAAGGAGAGGAGCACAUGGUUUUCGAAAACGACGUCCUGGUACCGUCCCCUAGUCAUCCCACAAUUACGAAGAGACAACAUGUUAGAACAAACAGGUGCGCCGCAGGAACGGCGUCCGUUCUCGACUCUUCGUUGCAAUAUUGUUACUCUGGGAUGCCCAGCUGGCACUUGGAAAGCACCUUUGGUGCGCGAAAUGCUCGGAGGUGUGAAAAGACGUGACGAUCCCUUCGAUGGAAUCUUUGAUCAAGAUGAGAUGAUUAGAGACUAUACCUCCCGCGAUUUGACGGUGCUCACCGACAAGCUCGUUGCUUUUCAAGGUUUGGCAACAGCCAUAGCCUGGCGAACCAAGCAAGAGCAUCAGGCUGGUCUAUGGACCGGCCAGCUUGCUCGAUCGUUGUAUUGGUAUCCAGAGGACUGCAGUACCUGCCGCGCGCAUCCCGGCCGAGCACCAAGCUGGAGCUGGGCGUCGAAGGAUGGGCAAAUACGAACUCUGAGUCGCAUUUCCAGAUCGCAGACUUCUAAAGAGCUUGAAGGCUUCGUGCGGUGCCACUCGAUGAAUCUCAGGAACAUCAAAUUCUUGGAUUUCAACCCCUUGAUGCCGGCACGACGUGGUGUGAAACCCACGUCGCUCAGGACUAAUGCCUUGUGCGCCAAAGCUUACGGAUGGUUGCCCGAAGUUGGCGGUUAUUCGCAGACAAAGUUGGACCUUAUAACCACACUCAAUCUGUCGCCGGAAUACGACGUUGCGCAUAGUGUUCGGUCGGCCAGCGACGCUCGCUUGCUGUUUGUAGACUCACCAUCGGGAGAACCAAGACGUGCGACUUCAGGUUGGAGAUGUACCAACUGCUACGCACGGGUUGAUGACGCAACUGACGGAGGUAUCAUCGCGCAUAAGGAACACUGCAGUUUUGACCGGAUCUUCAGCGAUUUACCAACUACAGGCCAACGACAAGUCGCCUGUUUGGAAGCGCCUCCGACUGCUAGAUUAGCUGGGCUCGCUCUCUUUGACAACCCAGUACACCCGCCUGCCCACUUCCAGACGAUUCUUCUCUGGCACGAAACGGAUACGAAGACGUUCUGGCAGCAUAGUAAGCCUAAUAAUCAUUUCCUACGGUCGAGCGCCUGGCGAAGAAGCGGCGGCCCACUAUGGCAAGGCUGGCAGGUACUGUUCGACUAUGACAGUAACUUUUCGGGACGGCCUAACGUCCUUGGUCUUGGCAGAUCCAAACCAGCCUACGACUACGAUCUCAAUAUGUGGCGCGACACCAACGAAGAGGCGAUGGCCCGACAGGAGAUGGCCAUCAACGCGGAAGACAUCGGUCCGCAGGAGGCAAGGCGGCGCCUCACACGCAGCAUGCGAAGGUAUUUCCUGCUUCUAGUGGAGCCAGUCGAGACACCCUCUGGAGAUCCGCGAACUGAUGGAUGUCCUAUGUACCGACGAGUGGGCGUUGGAAUUUCAUACUGGCUCCCGAAACGGCCACGGUUUGGAGGCGUGCCUUUGCAUAAGACCGGACGACGGGAGACUAUCUUGCUCGUCUAA